UAAUAAGUAAUUGCUGUCUCAACUACAAGAUGUCCGACAACGAUUGUUGCUGUCCCAAACAGUUGACGGAUUCAAAAUUAUGUCUGUUAUGUACAUACCACUUGGAUUUAAUAUUGUAUGGAGUAUUGAGUUUAAUCGUUGUGUCAAUAUUUGUUUACUUUUUUUAUGCACGAUAAGUUUGUCGAAGGUCCUACUAUGAAAUAAUACACGAUGACCGACCGAGAAAAUGACAUAGAACCUUAUGAAGCUGUUGCCAAAGGUCUAAACUCGCCUGAAAUACGAUCGAAUAGUAAAAUACCAUUUGCAGACGAAGCUGUUGAAUUAGAAAAUGUCAACGAUCCAAUUCGACCUAGACGCUUCAAAGACGUGGAGAAAGGAGAACCAGAGAAUCCGAAAAUUCACGCAUCCGACUUAGGAAGUGUUCACACACCAAACAGUGAUACAAUAGUAGUUGAUACUCCUGAAGGAACUCUUUACAUAACUCUCGAUCCAGAUUCUUCCAAGUCAUCUAAGCCUACAAGUCCCAGUACACAGUCUACUGAUCUGUCGACGCCUAGUACGUCUAAAGCGUUUGGAGCUGAAGAGUCAGAUUCUUUGAUAACGUCUGAGUCAGAGGUAGAACAGAGAAAGACGAAUUUGAGACGGAAUUCAAUAUCAAUGCCGAAUAUAGAGCUGCUACGCCAAGAGUACUUGAACAAUACACAAGGAAAUAUCCCUGAGCACCAUCAGAGUACAGCUUCCGGCUUCAGCGAUGGCGACAACACUCAGGAUGAGAAUAACGCUCUCUCGGACGAAGAACGAUCCAAAACCCCUCUCAGGUCCCCGCGUCGUAAGCUACCACGACGGUCGCGGUCUGAAUUUAGUAUGGAUGACGAGGACUACUCUCCAAGCAACUCUGUUACCUCGGUCAAUUCACUCGCCAGCUUACUGAAGGAGAAACUGCAGAGUAUCCCCCAAAAGAUGCGAAAGAAGCCAACCGACUACAAGUUGCGUGCCUUCGUUCUCCUAAUGUUUCUAGCAGUCGCCUUCUUCAUCGGCUUCGCGUAUACGCUAUAUCAACAGAAGGCGCUUACCAAGGCAUACUUUGAGAGCGUACAGUUCAACGAGGGAAAACGAUUAAUCAGAAUAUUUAAUAGAGAUGAUAUCGAGAUAUUGAGAGCAAGCUUAGCUAUAGGAGUGCAGAACAAAAAGAAGUCAUUCCCCUGUCUUCCAGAGCAUCGACGACUAGACGGAUCUAUUUGUUUAGAGUGGCAAGAGGAUCUUCGCUUCUAUCUUAAGUGUCUUCCGCACGAUCCUGGAGUUGAUAACACAACAUGCUAUUCCGUACAUUGGAAGGCACUUCGCAAUGAUAUCGCACCAAUGGACUGCUUUGAUUGGAGUGAAACCAAAGUUCAUUGGUACGGCGGAGGACAAUCUGCUAACCUCACAUGGCCGUUGGACUCGGGAUCCAUCGAGUUUACACCUUUUAUCACUGGAGACAUGCAGAAAAAUCAGUUUGGCAACGUCCUCACUCGUUACCUUAUUAAUUCAAAGGGAGCGGCUAUCAUUGUCGAUGAGGAGACACCACUUUACCUCGCAGUUAACAAUAGAAAUAAACAAAUUUGCGUAAAGGCUCAGUUCGAUGACUUCGCUUUUGCCAAUCAACUUACAGAGUUUCCAGAAUUAAAAUAUAACAUAUGUACAUCGCUUGACAUGAAAUCUUUACAUUCGUCCAUCCACAGCCAUAGCAGAGCGCCUUUAUGGGACGGCUUGAAACCAGCUGACAUGCAGACAUUGGAAUCCCUUAUUUCGGAACCAGUCUGGCAAAUUGCACCUCGAUUCAAACAUGAACUACAAGCCGAAACGAUCUCAAAAUAUACGGAGGAUGUAAUAGAUCUUGGAUUUUUAAAACAAGGCCACGUACUAGUUAACGAGUUUUGGCAAAAUGAAAUUGGCGACUUUACCGUUGACACGAGCCGUUUUAAAACCUUAAAUACAACAGUAGACAAACUACAUCGACGGGGCUUCAAGGUAGCAUUUACAAUACAACCAUUUAUUAGUACUGAAAGCGGAAAUUUCGCUGAAACUGUGCAGAAAAGGCUGCUAAUAACAGAGAGAAAUGGCGAUAGAAAAAUACCAGCCUUGACACGUUUUAAGUCGGUAGACAGCGCUGGGGUCUUAGAUGCAACAGACCAGAGAGCCCAUGCAUGGAUAUAUGACAAACUUCAGAUUGUUAUGGAUGAAUAUCAUAUAGACUCCUUUUUUUUCGAUUUAGGGACUGCAUAUGAUAUGCCUCACUACUACAGGUGUGAAAAAAGAUUAAUUAAUCCGGACCAAUAUAAAACAGCUUUUGUAAAAGCUUUUGAAAAGAGUCUUAACAUAAUUGGCGUGUCAUCUGCGGUUAGCCUGCCAAGACCUCCAAUAUUCGUCUCUCUGCCACCAUUUGAAUCUAGUUGGGAGGCUCUAAGGUCUGUUAUACCGACAAUGUUAACCUAUGGCGUGAACGGUUAUCCGUUUAUCAUGCCAGGAGCAGUGGGAGGAGACAUCUACUGGCCUGGAAGCGAGCAAUUUCUACCUUCAGCUAAGGGGUCCUUGGACUCAAAUGCAACAAAUGCCACCCAAGAAAAUGGUAUCGAUUUACCCGAAAAGGAAUUAUAUAUAAGAUGGUUGCAGAUGGCAACAUUCCUACCCGUGAUGAAGUUCACUCAUCUGCCCAGUAAAUACAACGAUGAGCGAGUGUUAGAGAUGGCCAAGAAUUUGACUAUUUUAAGACAGAAGCUUAUAACACCCCUGUUACUAAAGUACAAGCGAGAGGCCCUUGAAGAAGGACUCCCUCUAGUUCGACCUCUAUGGCUUGGGGCAGGCGGAGAGGCAUCUCUACUGGUCAGGGACGAGUUUACUAUUGGAGAUGAGAUUGUCGUAGCUCCCGUGCUAUUCCCUAAUCAGACUACUAGAGAAGUGUACCUCCCGGCGGGUCUAUGGCAGGAUGGCAUCGACGGUUCCUUGCGAAAGGGAAACAGGUGGAUGCACGAGUAUAGGGUACCCAUACAUAGAGUGGCUUACUUUAUAAGAAAACCUGAUGAUAUGAGAUUUUAAUAGGGCACAUACAAAAGGGCAGACUUCUGUAGUGUGCUGUGAAAAAGUGACCUAACCAAUGUUAAGAACUUUCAAAGACAUCGAAAAUAGUCUGAGCGACCUUAUAAUACAGUUUUUAAGUAUAUCGAAAGCGAUCUCUUGGUAUAGUUUAAUUGAGUUGAGUAGCAGAUUUCUUGCCAUUGCCGACUGUAGUUUUGAGUCUUAUUAAACCAUGGAAAUACAAUAAUAUCUGUAACUUAUUGAUUGUGUCAUCUUUAUAGAUUAUACUACACGAUCAUUUGCAAUAUGAUGAUCACACAUUUUAAAGCAAAUACUAGUGCCAUUUACUUUAUCGAACUUUUGUUAUUGAGGUAUUUCUUACAAAAAUAAUCGAUACAAUGGUAAAUGUAUAUCGUAAACGGUUUUUCUAGUACCAAUGACAAGUUUUAGAUUUAGAAUACUCCUAUUUAUAUAUAUAUAGAGAUUUAGAUUCUAUAAUAACGUUGCUCUUAAAAAAAUUAUCACUAUGUAUAAAGUUUAGCAAAAAUCGUGUUCAUUUCAUACGUAAUAACAAUUUAUUUUAAGUAUAUUAAGUUACCUAUUUUGUAUAUUACGGUACAUAAUCAGGUAAAUAGGUUUGCUACAGUACUAAUAUAUAUAUAGCAUUUGGAACUAAAUAUAGUGGCGUUGUUUUACUUUUAAACAUAAGCUAAAUAAGAUUUUUUGUCAUAAUUUCCUGUGCAUCAUUGUCUUCAUAUAAUAAACCAUCGUAAUAACAUUUUUAACUGAACUAUUCGUCUCUGUUAAACUAUGUUUAUAUUUUGAUGGAAAGAGAUGGAAUAUGUAAUUAGUUUCUGUUUACUUAUCGUUAAUAAGUACAAUGCUUGUAUAUUUGAAUUGUGUUUAAACUUCGCUUUUAUUUGUCUACCAUAAGUAUUAUUUAGUGCGAACAACAUAAACAAAAUCUAGUCUUCAGCGUUAUUGGAAUGUCAUAUAGAAAUAAAACGACUGUGUUUAUCAUAGUUAUUAAUACCUAAAAUAUUAAGCACAUAACUCCUAAUAAAAUGAUAUCAAAUUUAUACUUAUAAAUAUAAGAUAUAUAUACAUUUAUAAGUAUCCAGUUAUUGAGGUAGUUAAUAUUUUUAACCGACUCCUUGAUUUAAUACCAAAAUAACUUUUAUUUAAACCACAACAUGUUAUCAAAGUCUCAAUAUUUUUUUUACCAAAACUAAAUUUGGUGUUGAAGACGUCCUUCUCGUUAACUCUUGUCGAACGAAUCGAUUUGUCAAAGUUUUGUCAAUAAAAUUAUGUAAAUUUUUAUUUUCACUGUAAUAAUAGUAAUCAAAGAAUAAGCCCUAUUAAAAACAAUUAAGGAUUGAGUUUAAUUAAUCCUUAAAAAGAUAAUAACUCCGUUAGUUAAAUAAAAAAUAGUUUAACUUUAUGAAGACGAAUAAGACGUUAUAAUGUAAGGAAUACAAUACAAUUUUUGAAAAUUUUAAUUGAUAUAUUUUAUUGUAGUUAUUUUUGUUU